CAGAAAAAGCCCAAGAGCGGCGGAGGUGUUUGUGUUUUUAGUGUGAAGCGGAAUGUUUUUUUUUUUUUUUUUGGUUUCCAUCGUAGACUGAGUAUUAAGAGAGACUGAGCGAGACACAUGAAGGGAAAAUGGAUAUAACGACUGCGGUGUUCAACGCGGCGAAAGACGGGAAACUGAAACUUAUCCAGAAGUUGCUGAGCAACAAAACUCCGGAGGAGUUGGAGGCGCUCGCUGAGGAGAAGACUCAGGGGGGGACGCCGCUGCUGGUCGCCUCCCGUUACGGACAUUUAGAGGUGGUAAUUUAUUUACUUGAAUAUUGCAAAGCUAACGUAGAGCUCGGGGGCUCGGUGAAUUUUGACGGUGAGACUAUAGAAGGGGCUCCUCCGCUGUGGGCAGCUUCUGCCGCCGGGCAUUUACCGGUGGUAAAAAGUCUCCUAAAACACGGUGCAUCGGUUAACAGCACGACCCUCACUAACUCCACCCCCCUGCGCGCUGCCUGCUUUGAUGGACACCUGGACAUCGUGCGUUUCCUCGUCGAACAUCACGCCGACAUGGAGGUCGCGAACCGUCACGGACACACCUGCCUGAUGAUCUCGUGCUAUAAAGGGCACCGAGAAAUCGCCAAGUUCCUGCUGGAGCGGGGCGCAGACGUCAACCGCAAGAGCGUCAAAGGCAACACCGCGCUGCACGACUGCGCCGAAUCUGGUAGUCUGGAGAUCAUGAAGAUGCUGAUGAAGUGUAAAGCUAGGAUGGAGAAAGACGGCUACGGAAUGACGCCUCUCCUGGCCGCCAGCGUGACCGGGCACACCAACAUCGUAGAGUACCUCGUCCACCAGCCUCGAGCUACGAGAGAGGAGUGCGUCGACGCCCUGGAGCUCCUGGGUGCGACUUACGUGGACAAGAAGCGCGAUCUGCUGGGCGCCAUGCGCUACUGGAGGAGAGCGAUGGAGCUCCGACAAACGGGAGACAGAGCGGGCUUCCUGGCCAAGCCGCCUCCUGGCCCACCCGUUCCCGCGUAUGACUGCGCUCGAGAGGUGAACACGGCCGAGGAGCUGGAGGCCCUGAUCACCGACCCAGAUGAAAUGCGGAUGCAGGCGCUCCUGGUCCGAGAGCGCAUCCUGGGUCCUUCACACCCGGACACGUCUUACUACAUCCGCUACCGGGGUGCUGUUUAUGCUGACUCAGGAGACUUUGAGCGCUGUGUGAGUUUGUGGAAAUAUGCACUAGACAUGCAGCAGAGUAACCUGGACCCCCUGAGCCCCAUGACGGCCAGCAGCUUUUUGUCAUUCGCAGAGCUUUUUAGUUUUGUUCUUCAAGACCGUGCGAAAGGUGCACCUGCUGCCCGCGUUUCCUUUAAUGACCUGAUGUGUGUCCUGGCAAAGGGCGUGCGUGAAGUGGAGCGUGCUGUGGCGCAGCAGGACAAUCAGCCUGAUGCAAUGCAGUUUACGAAAGCCUUGUCCAUUAUCCUUCAUCUCAUAUUCUUGCUGGAGAAACUCGAGUGCAGCCCAGUGCAGGAGCACCAGAAGAAACAAAGCGUGUACCGGCUACUCAAGCUGAACCCGAGGGGUCGGAAUGGCUUCACGCCCCUGCACAUGGCUGUGGAUAAGGACACGACAGCGGUGGGCCGUUACCCAGUGGGACGUUUUCCAUCUUUGCCCGUGGCUGCGCUGCUACUGGAGUGUGGUGCUGACGUUGACUCGCGUGAUUCGGAUAACAACACGCCGCUUCACGUGGCUGCCCGCAACGGCUGCCCCAAAUUGAUGACGCUGCUAGUGCACUCAGGAGCGCACUUUGAUGCAACCAAUGCACAUCGCAAGAUGCCUUACGAGCUGCUCGAGGAGGCUGGCGGAGCCAGGCACGCGCUGCACCCUCUUAGUCAUGUCACGCUGCAAUGCCUGGCUGCCCGCUCUAUCGAGAGACACAGAGUGACCUACAAGGGUUUCGUCUCGGAGGAAAUGGAGGCCUUUAUCGAACUCCACUGAACUUACCUAGGUCUAGAAUUUAACUCCAGGUUUAGAGCAUGUCCUCCAUUUUUUUGAAUCUGUCUUUGUCUCCUCUCUUUCUCCUCGUGUUUCCCUAUCAGGUGUCGCCUGUUCCUGAGGACUGCGUGGAUGAAACUGAGGCCUUUGUCGCGUUGCACUGACAUUACCUCACCGUCUUCCCUGUCUUCAUGCUCCAGCUGACCUUUGCCCCUUUUCUUUAUCAGGCGCACUAAAUCUUCACCACUUUCUCAGGCUUCAUCUGACUUGCAGCAAUAAUCCCAGGCUUAUAAGCAUAAACAGGGGAAGAUUUGUAUUUGCUCGUUUAUAUAUGUCUCCUCUUUUUCUCUCUGCCUCAUAAGGGCUUGUUGAAGAAAAAAAAAAACAAGAACUGAGACUCAUGGAUGUUCUAGAAUACCAUGUGAAGAUGGAAAGACUUUGUGUUUGAUUUAGGCUUUAAUUGUAAUCUGCCUCCUUUUCUCCCUUUUGCUUCUUUUAUUUAAUUUAUUUUAAUGUUUUCUUUCAUUUCUUAGCGAGCAGGAAACUUAACAGAUUUUGCCGGUUUGUAUUUGUGUAUAAAGUGACAAAGGGGGUAAAUUAAGACAAGGAUGAAAAUCUGCAUUUAGCACCGAUGCACUUCUUUGACUUGAAGCGUGUGUAGGAGAAUGAAGUUGGUUUGUUUGUUUAGUCAGUUAUUGUCGCAUGAUAACUUUUGUAACGCAAAAGCAGCACUUGCAUCAGAAUUCACAAUCAGACCUUUUAAUAUAAUCAAUUUCAUUCAUUAGACAUCAUACACCAUACCGUGGUUUUAUUAAAUUCCCCAAGACUUAACGACAAGACUCCCCCAAGAAGAGGGGUAUGACACCUCUUGUGCUAAAUCCUAGGUGUAUGUUACUAUUAAUUUGAUGCAGUUUGCUUCUAAAGCACUGAGUACCAACAGGGCUAGUAAUUAAUGACAGGUGGUGUUGCUGUGCUGAUGAGGUCGUGCUAACUGUGGACAUUUUAUUCAUAGCCACAUCUCAGCAUGAUAUAGCCAAAUUACCCCUUGUGUAGGUGUACUAAAGUGCAAUACGCUCUGCUGAAGUGUGCCUCGGACAACAACAUGCCGCUUCACGUGGUGGCCCGUAACAUCUGUCCCAAGUUGAUGAUGCUCCUGGUCCACUCUGGAGCGCACUUCGACACAACCAAUGCACAUUAGCCAUGUCACACUGCGAUGCCUAGCUGCCCGUGCUAUCGAGAGACACAGAGUGACCUCAGUGACUUCCCCCUGCUUUGUAAAAACCUUCUCACGUUUAGGACUUUAACAGGCGGACUAAAUCUUAAGCCUCUUUACCACUUCCUCAGGCUUGAUCUGACUCGCAGCAAUAAUCCCAGGCUUAUAAGCAUGAACAGGGGAAGAUUUGUACUUUCAGAAGCGUAUGCUCGCUUAUAUACGUCUCCUUUUUUUCUCUGCCUCGUAAGGGCUUGUUGGGGGGGGGGGAAAGUACAAGAACAAGAUUUGGGCUUUAAUUGUAAUCUGCCUGUUUUUUAUUCCCCAUUUUUUUCGCGCUCUUUUAUUUCUCAGCGAGCAGGAAAUGAACAGAUUUUGCCAGUUUGUAUUUAUGUAUAAAGUGGUAAAAGGUAAAUUAAGACAAGGUUGAAAGUCUGCAUUAUAUUUUGCACCGAUGCACUUCUUUAACUGGAUGUGUGUGUAAGAGAAUGAAGUGUAUUAGUUUAGUCAGUUGUUGUCGCAUGAUCAUUUUUGUAACACAAGAGCAACACUCGCAUCAGAAUCCAUUAUCAGAUCUUUUGAUCUGAUAAAUUUCAUUCUUUAGACAUUAUAGACCAUGAUGUGGUUUUAUUUAAUCCCCCAAGACUCAGGGGUAUGAUGCCUCUUGUGCCAAAUCGUAGCCUUAUGAUGUUACUAUAAAUUUGAUGCAUUUUGCUUCUGAAGCACAGAGGACUAAUUUUUUUUGUGUGUGUUUUUUUAAUUUGUCAGAACAAGCAGUACCAACGUGGCUAGCAAUGAAUGAAAGCCAGUGUUGCUGUGCUGAUGAGGUCAUGCUAGCUGUGGACAUUUUAUUCUUAGCCGCGUCUCAGCGUGGUUUAGUCGAAUUAACCCUUGUGUAAGCGUAGCUAAGUGCAAUACGCUUUGCACUCCCUUUUACACACAAGAGCAGGAGAGGAAAAUUGUCCUCGGUGGCUUCUUCCUGCUUUGUAAAAAUCCUCUCGCAUUUAGGACUUGGCACUUUACCCAGAACGAGACAUCUGGGGUAACCAUUAAGAUCUAUGCAGUUUUUAUGAGCACAGGUGGAUUUACAUAAACAGAUCUGGCUCCCUGGGUCUGUUCAAAAGAGGGACAGUGGUCUCUUAUUUCUGAUCAUUCUUUCUUUUUAUGUCAACACGCUGGUUUGACUGUAAAUCCUACUCCAAUGAAAGCACUUUGAAACAUGCUAACACUACUUAGCCUUUAAAACAGAGAUCCUGUUUCUGCAACAGGUGUGACUAAUUUAAGAGAGUUCAAAUGAGUUUUGGAGAUGCCUGAAUAAAAUUCAAGUAUCACAUCUGGGUGUUUGUGUGUGUAUGUGUGUGCGCAAGUGUGUGAGAGAAGAGAGAUAAAGAGAAAGGGUGUGGAGAUGUUUUUACAUUUAAUAAUAUGUUAUGUUGCCGCUUUGGUAGGUUGCUAUGCAUAGGACAGAAUCCUGUUUGGCAGCUUACAUCCUAGAUUCCUAUGGUAAACAUUUUCUGAAAUAGAAGUAUUAUGUUUGUCUAAGCAUUGUUUGCAUAUUAAUAUUGUAGUCAGUCUUACUGUGAGUAUGAAAAUAGAUUUAUUGAUGUAUACAUAUGCACACAUUACCACACAGUAUAUAAAUUACAUAUAUAUAGUGUGUGUGUGUGCGCAAAAGUCUUAGGCACCAUAUUAUCUGUAGUAAAAAUGUUUUAUAUGUUUAUCAUGUCGGCAUUACUAAAUACAAAAGAAAAAAUUGCUUGCCUGUAAAGAAGGCAACAUAUAUUACAUGACAGACCAGAUUUCAAGAGGUAAACUAACAAACAAAAAAAAAUUAUGUAGGUUCCUUGGUUUAUAAUAUAGAGGCCCAGGCUCAGUAAAACCUUUAAGCAUAGAUCCCUUUGAAGACUUUCCACAUACUGUAAAAGAAACUAUAAAGAAAACUAGAGAGUAAUAAAAUUUACAGUCAGUAAAAAACAAAACAAAAAAAAAUGAAAAUUGAAAAUUAUUAGUAUCGGAUCCAGAUCUGUGUAGUUUUGCAAAUAAAACCUCUGUUACUGUAGGUUUUACUGAGUGUGCUCGAGAGUACAAAAAGUUCUGAUAAUUUUGUCAAACUUGUUCCUUUCUAUUUUUAUGGAAAACACAGGGGCCUACGUUAGGUUUUCUGUUCCCCCCUGAACUGGUGUGCCAUGUAAUGUGCCUUUAUUUUAUAUAUUUUUUUACAGGCAUCAAGUAUUCUCCUGAAAUGUGUUUUACU